UUUUGAGCAGCACAUGAAGACGCGAUAGGCGCUGAACCAUCUCCCGGAUCUACUGCUGGACGGAUUUGCUAAGCUACUGGACGAGAAAUGCGUGAGUCAGCUAAGUGUAACGCGAGAAAACCUCAGCUCGACGAUCCGUGUACUGCUAGAGGAGCCUGGACUAUGGCAGGCGCAGCAGCGCAUUCAGCAAGAGGAAGCCCAAUCAAGUUCAACCAGCAUCGUUUAUCACUGGCAAUCAGAUGGGCGCUUUCAUCGGAUGCCGCAGGAUUUUGCUUUUCCACAGCUAGAUGCGCUAAGUGUCCAUCUGACUUCACGAAGACCAACCGCAAGAUGUUUUCGGAAUGGACGGUGCUGGUCCGACAUAUCGUCGCUGGUGUGGAGGCAAGUACAGGGGCGAGAAUGCAGCGACCAACUUCACAACGUGUAGCCGACGAUCUCUACCAACUCGGCAAUGCUCAUGUGCCGAUGAAGCCGCCUACACAUGCGGCGAAGCAACGGCCCGAGCGAGCAGUAACCACACUGCGACGAAUCCGGCAGGCAAUCCACGACACAUUAGCUCGUUCGAUAGAUGCUUGUUCGUCUUACCUCGCCACCGUUCCCGUCGAAGAUGCACGACAAUGGCCCCGCAGUGAGUACUGCCCUUUAGUGAUGAGAAUAUUAGCCAAUCAGACGACGUUCGUUAUGCGUGUCACGACCCGGUUGCGGGAUCUCGACACAAGUCAAUGA